GCACUUUUAAAAGAAUGUUUUUCCGUUUGAGGCGCUUUAUAGGGAAUAGACACCUUUUCUACUAAUUCAUUUUUUUAUAGACUUUUUUACCCUCAAUUCAAUAUUUAUGUUUUUAAUUCUCAAUUUCUCUUUAUUGUUAUACAUCUUCCACGAUCCUUAUCGAAAAUAAAUAAAAUAUCUGUCUCUUUUUUUUUUCUCUCUCUCUCUCUCUCUCUCUCUCUCUCUAUGAUUUGUAGCGCCUCUCUCUCUCCACGUCUCCAUAACUUUUGGAGAAGUUUCUUAAACAAUUCGAUCUCGAUUAUCUCAGGAAUUUGGUAAAAGUUCUAUGUCCAUAAGGUCUUGGAGGUGGAGGUCUCUGCAAACUGUAACAAAAUCAACAAACAAUGUUUUGGUGUCCAUAAUAACGAGUCCAUUUAAAUAUAUCCCUUCGGAAACCUUUUUACUGCUCUAUAUCCAUUCUGUAUACCAUGUCCAUGAUAACAAGAAAUUCGAUUAACCGGAAUCUCGAUGCUACAUAGAUGAAACGAGUUUGACACAUGAGAGAGAGAGCAAAAAUCAAAUCAAGCCGCCAUUGUUGAAGAAGAAGAAGUUUCUUAGAUAACUGAAUCUCAAAUUUAAGUCAAAACAAAUAUUUAAAUUUCAAAAUAAAUCACAAUCUUAUAAGAAACCAAGACCUCGUAUUCUCCAAUUAGUCUAGAGAGAAGAGAAAGCCAUCGCGUAGUGUGGAUUUGGAGAUUAAUUGCAGAUUUGGAAUUGAAGAUAUUCUGGAAAAGGUUUUUUUCUUCGAUAAAGUGAGAAAAAAGAAAAAAAAAGAGAAGAGAUGGGAAAAGGAGAGAGAAGAGAUGGCCGAUGGAAAAAAUGUAGUUAAAGGCUUAGCUGCUAGAAACAGGAAUAUCACUCUCAUCCUCAAGCUAAUUUUUCCAGCCUCAUUGUACUUCAUUUGGCGGGAGAGGAACCAACGUCUUCACUCCGCUACUUCACGUCCUACUACUUCUAUCAUUAAGGAAAUCAAGAUGAUAGUUAGGACAAGGCUUGAUCCUCUUUCUAGGGCUCAGAGAUCCACCCCUCCUGCCUUGACCCUCCUCGCCACUUGGCUUGGUUUCAUUGGGUUCACUUUGUGUUUGGACCUUCCUCUUGCUGCGGGGGCUGCGUCCUCUUGUUUCGGGCCUCGGCCUUGUUUGUUUCUGUUUCAGAGAAGAAGAAAAGACAAGGUUUCUUCUAGAAUUAUCUAUUCAGAUCAAUUGAUUUUUUACAACGUGAUUGAAGCGGGGCUAGCUCCGGUGACGAUAGUUGAUUGGUUUUGUCCCUUAAGAUGA